CGAGAGAGCGCGCCCCUGAGCAGCGUCCGCGCCCUCCGCGUCUUCUCCGCCGGGACCUCGAGCGAAAGACGCCCGCCCGCCGCCCAGCCCUCGCCUCCCUGCCCACCGGGUCCACCGCGCCGCCACCCCGACCCCGCUGCGCACGGCCUGGCCGCUGCGCACCAGCUUGUUGGCGUCUUCGUUGCCGCGCUCGCCGCGGGCUACUCCUGCGCGCCACAAUGAGCUCCCGCAUCGCCAGGGCGCUCGCCUUAGCCGUCACCCUUCUCCACCUGAUCAGAAUGGUGAGUUGGACUCUCCUUUUGCCACCGAUUCCCCGUCCGCUCUCAGUCCCUUUCCCUGGACCCAGAUUGCCCACAGCAAUUUAUGGAAAACAUAAAAUAAAAAGUUCGCGGCCGUUUGCGGGUAGCCGUUCCUUUAAGCACUUUCCUCCCUCCGAAGACGUGUCGGGACCUCUUGGUGGGAGCAGCCUCCGGGGGUGGCCCGGCUGGACGAAGUCAGAGGCUCCCCGUCGACAGGGUCGGAGACCCCCGUCCUUUCCUGCAGCAGCCGCGGCUCCCCUCCUGCGCACCGCGCCGCGUUUCACGCGUUUCUUCUCCCCCUUCCAGGCGCUCUCCACCUGCCCCGCCGCCUGCCACUGCCCCCUGGAGGCGCCCAAGUGCGCGCCGGGAGUUGGGCUGGUCCGGGACGGCUGCGGCUGCUGUAAGGUCUGCGCCAAGCAGCUCAACGAGGACUGCAGCAAAACGCAGCCCUGCGACCACACCAAGGGGCUGGAAUGCAACUUCGGCGCCAGCUCCACCGCUCUGAAGGGGAUCUGCAGAGCUCAGUCAGAGGGCAGACCCUGUGAAUAUAACUCCAGAAUCUACCAAAACGGGGAAAGUUUCCAGCCCAACUGUAAACAUCAGUGCACAUGUAUUGAUGGCGCCGUGGGCUGCAUUCCUCUGUGUCCCCAAGAACUGUCUCUCCCCAACUUGGGCUGUCCCAACCCCCGGCUGGUCAAAGUUACCGGGCAGUGCUGCGAGGAGUGGGUCUGUGACGAGGAUAGUGUCAAGGACCCCAUGGACGACCAGGAGGGCCUCCUUGGCAAGGAGCUGGGAUUCGAUGCCUCGGAGGUGGAGUUGACGAGAAACAAUGAAUUGAUUGCAGUUGGAAAAGGCAGCUCACUGAAGCGGCUCCCUGUUUUUGGAAUGGAGCCUCGCAUCCUAUACAACCCUUUACAUGGCCAGAAAUGUAUUGUUCAAACAACUUCAUGGUCCCAGUGCUCAAAGACCUGUGGAACUGGUAUCUCCACACGAGUUACCAAUGACAACCCCGAGUGCCGCCUUGUGAAAGAAACUCGGAUUUGUGAGGUGCGGCCUUGUGGACAGCCAGUGUACAGCAGCCUGAAAAAGGGCAAGAAAUGCAGCAAGACCAAGAAAUCCCCCGAACCAGUUAGGUUUACUUACGCUGGAUGUUCGAGUGUGAAGAAAUACCGGCCGAAGUACUGCGGUUCCUGCGUGGACGGCCGAUGCUGCACGCCCCAGCUGACCAGGACUGUGAAGAUGCGGUUCCGCUGCGAAGAUGGGGAGACAUUUUCCAAGAACGUCAUGAUGAUCCAGUCCUGCAAAUGCAACUACAACUGCCCGCAUGCCAGUGAAGCAGCAUUUCCCUUCUACAGGCUCUUCAAUGACAUUCACAAAUUUAGGGACUAAAUGCUACCUGGGUUUCCAGGGCACACCUAGACAAACAAGGGAGAAGAGUGUCAGAAUCAGAAUCAUGGAGAAAAGGGGUGGGGGCGGUGUGGGUGAUGGGACUCAUUGUAGAAGGGAUUCCUUGCUCAUUCUUGAGGAGCAUUAAGGUAUUUCAAAACUGCCAAGGGUGCUGGUGCAGAUGGACACUAAUGCAGCCACGAUUGGAGAAUACUUUGCUUCAUAGUAUUGGAGCACAUGUUACUGCUUCAUUUUGGAGCUUGUGGUGUUGAUGACUUUCUGUUUUCUGUUUGUAAAUUAUUUGCUAAGCAUAUUUUCUCUAGGCUUUUUUCCUUUUGGGGUUCUACAGUCGUAAAAGGGAUAAUAAGAUUAGUUGGACAGUAUAAAGCUUUUAUUCGUCCUUUGACAAAAGUAAAUGGGAGGGCAUUCCAUCCCUUCCUGAAGGGGGACACUCCAUGAGUGUCUGUGAGAGGCAGCUAUCUGCACUCUAAACUGCAAACAGAAAUCAGGUGUUUUAAGACUGAAUGUUUUUAUUUAUCAAAAUGUAGCUUUUGGGAGGGAGGGGAAAUGUAAUACUGGAAUAAUUUGUAAAUGAUUUUAAUUUUAUAUUCAGUGAAAAGAUUUUAUUUAUGAAAUUAACCAUUUAAUAAAGAAAUAUUUACCUAAUA